AUGGGGUUGUUCAAUGUCACUCGCCCUACUUCCUUCCUCUUGACUGGUAUCCCUGGUCUGGAGAGCUCUCACUCCUGGCUGGCAGGCCCGCUCUGUGUGAUGUAUGCAUUGGCCCUUGGAGGGAACACAUUAAUCUUGCAGGCUGUGCGGCUGGAGUCCAGCCUCCAUGCACCCAUGUACUACUUCCUGUCCAUGUUGUCUUUUAGUGAUGUAGCCAUGGCCAUGGCCACACUGCCCACAGUACUCAGAACCUUCUGUCUUGAUGCCCGCACCAUUGCUUUUGAUGCCUGCCUGGUCCAGAUGUUUCUCAUUCAUUCCUUCUCCAUGAUGGAGUCAGGUAUCCUGCUGGCCAUGAGCUUUGACCGCUACAUAGCCAUUUGUAAUCCCUUGCGCUAUGCUACUGUGCUCACCAAUGAAAUCAUAGCAGGUAUGGGUUUAGCUGUGACCGCUCGGAGUUUCAUCACCCUCUUCCCUCUUCCCUUCCUCAUCAAGAGGCUGCCUAUCUGCAGAUCUAAUGUUCUUUCUCACUCCUACUGCCUGCACCCAGAUAUGAUGAAGCUUGCCUGUGCUGAUAUCACUGUCAACAGUAUCUAUGGACUCUUUGUUCUUGUAUCCACCUUUGGCAUGGACCUGCUUUUUAUCUUUUUAUCCUAUGUGCUCAUUCUGCAUUCUGUCAUGGCCAUUGCUUCCCGUGAAGAACGCCUUAAAGCUCUCAACACAUGUGUGUCACAUAUCCUAGCUGUCCUCGCAUUUUAUGUGCCAAUGAUUGGGGUCUCCACAGUGCACCGCUUUGGGAAGCAUGCCCCACGCUACGUACAUGUCCUCAUGUCCAAUGUCUACCUCUUUGUGCCUCCUGUGCUCAACCCUCUCAUUUACAGUGCCAAGACAAAGGAGAUCCGCCGAGCCAUUUUCCGUAUGUUUAGCCGCAUCAAAUUGUGA